UUGAGUUACUGGAAUGAGCCUAGCACUCUGAUAUAUGACAACACCAGCAUUGUCGAUCGCGCGAGAACGAGAACUGAAGUUUACCCGGAUGUUAUUCCUUUCAUCGAAAGGUCAAUGUCUGGUUCUAGGAGAUCCCUGACGAACCAGGAGUUUCUGCAGAAGGUUGAGAAAAUAGCUAAAUACCUAGUGUCUGUGGGGGUUCGUAAAGGCGAUAUGAUUGCCAUAUUUGGGCCAAACUCACUGGAGUGGAUUAUCGGGGAAUUCGCGAUCUUUUUCGCCGGGGCGGUUUCAGUUCAUAUAAAUAUAAACAAACGAGACGCAAGUGAUGCAGUUGAAGUCAUCGACAUCUGUAAAUGUAGAUUUUUACUAAUAGACCCGGCCGACAACAGUGGUGCACUGGAGCUAAUAUCAGAGUUCAAACAGCGAACCGACAAUAAUCAAAUAUUCCUUCUCAGAAAAAGUGAGAAUUGUCCAUUCCACGACUUAGAAUCGGAGCUUAGUGCUUCAGAAAGAAAAUCCGAGUUACCAAAGGUUGACGCUGAGGACGAUGCCGUUAUUUUUACAACCUCAGGCAGUACAGGAAAUCCAAAACUGGUCCUUCACACUCAUUCUGCGGUUGUUUGCAAUAUUCCGACCGAUAAAGAAAGCCCGACGUAUGCUAUGUUGGGGGGUCCUUCGAUGUUCAAAACCUUUAAUGACCGUACUUUCAGCUGGAUGGGAGGGUCACCAAUCGUGAGCUUCGUGUAUGGUAAUCAGUUUAUAUUUACUUCCUCGAAGACACUUCCGACAAAGGAACAUGCAAAACAAAUAUGGGAGAUGAUGAAGGAGGAAAAUUGUAUGGGUGGAUGGUUUCUACCUUAUUUACUUCAGAAUAUGAUUGACACACAUGCCAUACCAGAAGAUGAUGAUUUCAGACUACAAAUGCUGUUUUCUGGGGGUCAAAUUAUUGACGACACAUCCAUGAAGGAGGUAUGGCGAUACUGCGGGACCCUUUUUAUCGGGUAUGGGUUCACUGAAUCGUUUAGUAGUGUGGCUGCACUAAUCCUAACUGAAGGUCAGCCGUAUUACAAAGGUGUGGAGUUGAGAAUUGUAGAUGAUUCAGAAAACAUCGUUGAGCUGGAAAGUCUAGGCGAAAUCCAAAUACGUCAAAACUCACUGAUGAAGGGAUAUUUUGCAAACGAUGAACUUACAAAAGCAACAUUCACACCAUCGGGGUGGUUUAAAACCGGCGACAUCGGCUAUCUUAGAGAGGAAGGGGCUCUCGUUAUUACAGGGAGGAAGAAAGACAUCAUCUCUCGAGGAACAAGGAAAAUCAUGCCUGCAGGUAUAGAAGACAAAGUCAAGGACAUGCCUGGCAUUAAACACGUGGUUGUAGUCGGGGUACCGGACGAUCUGCUGCUGGAAGAAAUCUGCGUAUGCUUCAGUUCCGUCGAGGGGAAGGACGUCACCCCGGCUGCUGUUGAGGAGUUUUGUAAAAAUGUCUACCUGAAAGAAGAAACUGCGGACGGGAUGGGGGAAAUGCCGAAGUAUUUCCAGCGUUUUGAAUCGUUUCCAUUACUCCACAAUGGCAAGAUGAACAAGGUGCAGUUGAAACUUAAUGCAGCGCAAAAUCUUAAGCUAGGAAAUUAAUCACACGCCCAUCGAGAUUCCGACAGCAGCAUUAAACGUGGCCGCAUGACUAAAUAAUGAACGGACGGAGAAAACAGGGAAAAUGGUCAUUCUGGACAAAAACAUACCUCGCCAGAGUAUUUGUGCUUAGUCUGGCGUAAAUGUGUGUGAUUAUGGAUAUACAGCAUACACUUAUACAUGGCUGAUAUUUC